CCGGCGCCACAGUACAGUUAAGGUUAGGUGAAAGUGAAAAGGUCAACCACCUCCUGUGAACUCUUCACCUUUGGUUAGAGUGACAACAUGGCGGUGGUCUGGUGGAUUGUAGCGUUCUUUGUGAUCAUAGUUGCCGCUGCUCUGACUCAACAAGGAAGGGCUAUACUUCGUCUAAUAUACAUGAAGGUUUAUGCAUAUAUCCUCUCUCGUAUAGCGAAGAGUUACAACAAGAAGAUGACCCCAUUCAAGGAGAAACUGUUCGAAGACUUGAAGACUCAUCCAGCGGCUGUGACGGGGAGUCUGACCGUGCUGGAGAUCGGAGUCGGCGCCGGGGCCAACUUCAAGUUCUACCCACCGGGAACUUCCGUCAUCGCCGUGGAUCCGAACCCGGAGUUUGACAAGUAUCUGCUGAAGAACGCGGCGGAGUUUGGCGAGGUGAAACUGCGGGAGUUCGUCAUCGCGUCCGGAGAAAACAUGGCGGGCGUGGCUGACCACUCGGUGGACGCUGUGGUCUGCACACUGGUCAUGUGCUCCGUGGCUGACCAGCCGAAGGUCCUGUCCGAAAUCAAGAGGGUUUUAAAACCAGGAGGCAAGUUUUACUACAUGGAACACGUGCAUGGCACCCCUGGUACGUGGGUGUACACCAAACAGAACUGGCUAGACAUCAUCUGGCCGUAUCUGUCCGACGGCUGCACCCUCCGGUCAGAACUCUGGACCCAUCUGGACGCAGCAGGCUUCUCAGAAGUAGACUAUCAAAAAUUUGAUGCUCCGCUCAAGAUGUCUCUUAUAGAGCCGCAUCUUAUGGGAACUGCUACUAAGUAGCUGAAAACUGAAGAGUUUGGAAACUUGAUUUCUGUUGAUCAUAUCUCUGUUACUGUGUUAUCUACCUCAUUGUAUUACUGGUAUAUAUCAUUUGAUAGCUUGUUUACAAUGGCAGCACAUCUGUUAUGAUUGUACAUGUACAUUCAUAUGAUCAACUGAAUUCAAGAUAUCAGACUUGUGUUUUAAGUACAUGUAGUUGAAAGUUUUUACUCAACUCUGAGAGGGCAUCAAGACUAUAUGCAUUCCAGGUCUGGAUUUUAGUAUAACAUCCUAUUGUCAAUGCACAAUGGCCUUAGCUUUAAUUCAGACAUUUCAGUUCUUCUAUAACACUAAUGAUCUUAGAAUUAUUAUGCAGAAUCAACUUAAUUUUUGUUCAGAUGGCUGAUUUAAGUUAGCUGGAUACCAGAC